AUGGCGACAUGUAAUUGCCCAACAAUGGCUAUGUCCAAGCUCAGCUGCUCAGCUCCAUUGUCCCAUAAGAUAACCCACAAAAACUCACCUUCAUGCUUAUCAACGAGCAGGGGUUUUUAUCUUUCCCAGGGAUUCGUGAUUCCUCGAACGUACUCUGGCUUCACUUUCUCGAGGCGUAAUGAUGUUUUUUCUGCAACAAAGGAUGACUUUUCUGUUGAUGAUGCAGAAACCAGUGGUAGUGCAGCCCAACACGAAACUAAAACUGGUGAAUGGAAAUGGAGAGGUUAUUCUAUUCGUUACCAAUAUUCUGGAAGUAGCGGGCCUGCCUUGGUCUUGGUUCAUGGUUUCGGAGCAAACAGUGACCACUGGAGGAAGAAUUUACCAGUUCUUGCACAGUCACAUAGGGUGUACGCAAUUGAUCUCCUUGGAUAUGGUUAUUCAGAUAAACCUAAUCCACAAAAGCUCCAAGUUAAAAGUUUUUAUACUUUUGAGACAUGGGGCAGCCAGCUAAAUGACUUCUGUGUGGAAAUUGUGAAGGAUCAAGCCUUUUUUGAUCUCUUGAUGGUUAGAAAUGCAGGUAUUGUGGGACUUCAGGCAGCUGUCAUGGAUCCUACACUUUGCAAAGGCAUUAUUCUCUUGAAUAUAUCUCUUCGUAUGUUACACAUAACUAAACAACCGUGGUAUGGAAGGCCUCUAAUAAAAUCAUUCCAGAAUUUGCUAAGGUGGAAUACUGCUCUUGGCAAGUUAUUUUUCAAAAUUGUUGCAACACCAGAGUCAGUGAGGAACAUUCUUUGUCAGUGUUACUAUGACAAAUCCCAAGUGACAGAUGAACUAGUAAAGAUAAUUCUUGACCCUGGACUUGAUCCCGGUGCUGCUGAUGUUUUUCUCGAAUUCAUAUGCUACUCAGGAGGGCCGCUACCCGAGGAAUUACUGCCUCAAACUUGUUUUCCUCCGAAGGAUGAGGCGCCCGAUCUUGUGAACCCACUCGUAACAUCUUUUGUGGAUCGGCAUAAAUCAUCGUCUGCUACUCUUCAAACUGCAGCUUCCUAA